AUGGCAAGAACCUCAUUUAAUGAAAUUAUCAGUAAAGAUCAUCCUAUCUAUAAACCUGAAAAGAAUAGAUAUUGGAUUUAUGGGGCAUUUGGUUGUCCCUUUUCUCAUAGAGUAAUGAUAGCUAGAUCUAUCAAGGGUCUGAAUUCAGUCAUUGGAUUGACUAUAGCGCAUUGGUUAAUGGGUCCCAAUGGUUGGAGAUUUAUUCAAUCAGAUAAACCAUUAAAGGAACAACCAUUUAGAUAUGAUGGAGGGGUCACUUCUACAGAGAAUGACAAUUCAACAACUUUUGUCGGUGUUGAUGAGAAUUUAGAGAGGUUAUUUGUUGAUGGAACUAAUGAUCCUCAUUAUAAUACGAGAAGUAUUAAAGAGUUAUAUAGGAAAAGUGAUCCUGAAUAUGCCGGUGUCUUCUCUGUUCCUAUACUAUGGGACUUAAAGACUCAAACUAUUGUUAAUAAUGAUAGUGGUCAAAUAGUUAGAUUAUUGAAUAGUGAUGUUUUUGAUGAAUUUGUGGACUCACUAAAUUCUGCUAAUCCAGAAAAUAAAAAAGUUGAUUUAGCACCUGUAGAUUUGAUUCCUCAAUUGGAUGAAUAUAAUAAAUGGUUACAAGUUAACAUUAAUAGUGGUGUCUAUAAAGUUAAUAACGCUGUUACUCAGGAAGAAUAUGAGAAUCAAUCUAAAAAUUUAUAUAAUAGUCUUGAUGAAAUUGAAAAAAAGUUGUCUAAAGUUUACUCCGAUUUGGAAUCCAGAUUUGGUAAAGAAGAUAAAAAUAAAAUAUUAUCCAACUUCUAUCUUUUCAAUAAUCAAAUUACAGAUUCCGAUAUUAGAUUAUUUACCACAAUUAUCAGAUUUGACCCUGCAUAUUAUUCACAUUUCAACUGCAAUUUCAGAAACAUUAGAAACGAUUAUCCCUUUAUACAUCUUUGGUUAAGAAACAUGUAUUGGAAUCAUGCUGCUUUUAAAUUAACAACUAAUUUUGACCAUAUAAAAUUGUUUUAUGCUAAAUCUUUUAAGAAGACUAAACCUACAGGUCUUGUAACUUUAGGACCAGAAUUCGAUAUUUUACCUUUAAAUUAA